AUGACUCGUCUAUCAAAAAGAAAAGCUAGAAUUAAAGAGCAAGAAAGAAACGUUUGGUCAGAUAGUGCACACUUGGAACAAAAGAAACGCAGACCUUACCUUAUUGGAAAAACCAAAAAAUCAACAUAUUUUAAUAAAUAUGGACCAAGUGGCUCCUUUACAAAAGCUGCGAAAGGAACUGCAAAUAUAUUAAUACUUAUAAAUAAACACAAAUCAAUUCCGGCUGAUUUUGAUGAAGUUUUGGAUGAUAUGGAAAUUGAUGAACUUAACUAUAUGUCUCUUAAUCUAAAAGAAAGAAUCGAAAAUUUGAAAGUUGAACUUAAAGAAAAACAAAAGUCAUUAACA